GGGCCGCGCCGCGCCAGCCGGUCCCCGCCAGCGGGUCCCGCCCAGCCCCGGCGGCGGGGAGGGGGGGAAGGGAGAGAGGGAGGGAGAGAGUGGGGGACGGGGGGCGGAUCUCCGCGCACUGCCCGCCCCGCAGCGCGCGCCAUGGCGGCCAACGAAGACCAGGAGAUGGAGCUGGAAGCGCUGCGCUCUAUCUACGAGGGAGACCUGUGCUUCAGGGAGCUCAGCCCCGUGUCCUUCCAGUACCGGUCUUUUGUCCAGAGAUAGCUGGCGUGCCUUGUCUACUUGCUAAAGAGAAAAUUCACAAAAUGCUUCAGAUAGGUGAAAAUGGAGACCCCAAAGCCUUUCUAAUAGAAGUUUCUUGGCCAGAAACAUAUCCACAAACAGCACCAGUCAUAUCGAUGGACGCUUUUUUCAACAACACAAUAUCUUCAGCUAUUAAACAAAGUAUUUUGGAUAAGUUAAUGGUAGAAGUUGAAGCAAAUCUUGGAACUGCUAUGACAUACACACUUUUUGAAUAUGCCAAAGAUAAUAAAGAGUUGUUCAUGGAAAAGCAGCCGGUUAACACUGUGACUUCAGUAAGCAAUAGUAUUGCAAUUGGAACUCCUGAUGUGCCAGCAAGUAAGAAAAAAGAUAAAAAGGAGCAGUUAUCCAAAACCCAGAAACGAAAACUGGCCGAUAAAACAGAUAACAAAGGGGAGCUUCCGCGAGGAUGGAACUGGGUGGACGUAAUUAAGCAUGUAAGUAUUUUCAAGCCAUCUUUUUCAAUGUUAAAAAGAUUUUCAAGAAAUAGUAAGAACUGUUGCUCUUUUGGAUUCUAAUUUACAUAUUACUCAAAUGCUUUAAUAUGGUUAGUCCUUCUGAAUAUUAGAGUUAGAAGGACUUUGAUUCCCCUUUGAACUUUGUUGGCCUAGUAUGUCUUUUUUAUUUAUUGAGCAAUUAAAUCUUAAUGUUAUGAUGAGAGAGGCUUGCUAGCCAAAUGCACUGCAAAUAUUCUGUCUUCAUCUGGCAACAAGAUGUAAAAUAAAGUCAGUGGUGUUGCCACGUUCUGGAGGGCAAUGGUUAAGUAAGCAGAAGGGAGUUGUCCCAAGUGGGAGCAUUUUGCUGCCUCCUACAAGCCUGAGUGUUCUCUGCUGCAGCUCCUUCAGUGAAUAAUUAUUUUCUGCUUGCUCCCACUGCAUUGAUUUCUGCCACCCUCUUGUCUUUGCUGAUUCAGUGGAAAUCCAUGUAGCUGCUUUGCAAUUUUGAAAGUAAACUAUUUUAUUUUACACAACUAUAAGUAAUUCUUACUGGUGCAGUUGUUAAAUAAGAGCAAGUAAAUGAUGAUGGUGGUUUUGGGCAGAAUCCUUCUGGGUUAAAAGUGGCUAUUUGUAGUGGAUGUCUUGAAUUCCAGAUAGAUAUCACGAUAUAUGCACUGCAUGUAAUAAUUAGCUUUUAAAAAGUGAGAAAUAGUGAAUUAAUGUCUCUUUUUUAUUGUGUAAAUUUCCACAUGGGAAUUCUCUCAGAGGUGCGUGGAGAUGCUUUUUUCCAUUAGUCCAUCUUAUUUAUUUUGGAGAGCUGGUGACAGAAAUCUUAAAAUUAAAUAGAAACAGCACCCUGAGGUUUUUCUGGGGUUUUGCGGUGUUGCUUUAUAAAGUCCACUUUUGCAUUCAGGAAAUAAGCUCAUUUAGUGUCUAAGCUUAAGAAAUUAUUUUUGAUGCUUUUCAGUCUUUUGGUACAGUAGCACAAUCAGUCUGUAUUAUUAAUUAAAUAUACAUGUGUUCUAUGUAAGACGGAGAUAAUGUUGUUCUUGUUUCCUAAUAAAUGGCAUGGCAGUCUAAACUCUGAA